UGAUCUAUAUGAGGUGAUUUUGCCAUAGGUCGGGUGGCUCCGCUCUGGUGAUAAUCUCGGCAGCCCCGAAACGCCGAAGCAUGACUGUGCGCGGUUAUUGCGCUCUACGUUUAAACCGACUCGUUUUUCUUAGUACGUCCCUUGCAACCUUUAGGAAACUUUGCUAAUAUUGAAAUCCAUGCUCGACAUGAAUCGACUAUACUCUUUCCCUCGGCAGAUGUCCAACAGUCUCGCCGUUCGGCUAAUCUCCUUGAAUCGCUGUGCCUUUUCCGGGACUAGCCCGGGAUCGUCCUGCCAUUCUAGCCAGAACAAACAGCCAAACUUAAGCUCAGGGUCUGGCAAACAAAAUGAGAUGCUAAAAAAUGCUUCCAGUAUAACACUACCUUCGUCAAGUAAUAGGUCGAUGCUAAGCCUACCUUUUUGGACCUGCCGCUCGACGUGGAGGAGGUCUGGGCUCAAUACCUUGCGUUGCUUGGUAGGCUGUACGAUUGGGGACUUCUCUGCACUCUGGAUGCUGCAAUCCUAUUAUCCCGAGCUUGGCAUGAAUACAAUCAUGGUCUUGUCGAUGGUCUCUGGUAUCACAACCUCGAUCAUGCUCGAGACAGUAUUGCUUCGCAGGGGUCCAGAUAAUAUGUCUUGGAAAAGGGCAGCCCAGACAGCAAUGGGCAUGAGUAUGGUUUCCAUGGUGGCGAUGGAGCUGGCAGAGAACGCAGUUGACUAUCACCUCACCGGCGGUGUGGUGGCAUUUGAGGAUCCCAAAUUCUGGAUCGCAGCCUUGUUGUCCGUGACGGCGGGCUUUCUGGCUCCUUUACCAUAUAACUAUGCGCGUCUGAGAAAAUACGGAAGGACGUGUCAUUGAUCUGUGGCAAGAGGGGUGAUACAUCAUGUUUGAUAUAGUUACAAGAUUAGGCGUCCUCAAACCAAAAUAUAUCAAAACUUUCAGCCCCUGAGUCAUCGGUAAAUUGUGCCAGUGAUUUCGUGCAAAUAUAUACUAAUGACUUUUUCCAACAAUAAAUCAAUUCAUAACUCACUGACUCUAUAUUUCAUUUUGUUGUCUUGAAGCUGCCUGUAAUAUGGGUCAUUAGAGCGUCUACAAAUAUCUAGUUGUCAAUUUGUCAAGCUUGAUCAAAUCGAGAAUGGCGGAGUUAAUUAGAGCAGGAGCGACAUGAGUACUCUUCUCAAUCACGCUAAUUGGCAUAUAGAUUGGGUAAAAGGGUUAGUUAAUAGAAGCGAGAGUUUCGCAACUCUUCUGAAUGUCAUCGUCUCGUAUUGAUAGAGAAUCCUGACAGCCAACAAAGUAUUUAGGUAUAAAGAAAAGGAGAGGAAAUUAAUU